AUGGGCCCCAGUACCGCCUCCUCAUGCUGCUGCCAGGCCCGUAAUCUGCCAUGGGCCCCCGUACCAACUCCUCAUGCUGCUGCCAGGCCCGUAAUCUGUCAUGGGCCCCUGUACCGCCUCCUCAUGCUGCUGCUGCCAGGUCCAGAGUGUGUCAUGGGUCCCUGUACGGCCUCCCAUUGCUGCUGUCUCCAUCGCCACACUCUGCCAUGUGCCACUUUCAGGUCUCCUCACACUGCUGGUGGUUUCCAUUUUUGUCAUAGGGUGCUGUAUGGCCUCCCAUUGCUGCUGCCUCCACCGCCACACUGUGGCUCCACACUCUGGUUUUGGCCCCGUGACUGCCCAAAUGAGUGAAGUGUGCGGUGAUUCUAAGAUCGACGGCACUCAUCUGCAUGUCAUACUGACUGUCAGUAUUAUUUCUCUUCCCCAGCAGACUCCAAGGGCAUUUAAAUUAAAGGUACAGUGUUCUUCACUAAUAUAA